UCGCUCUAUCCUAGGAGCGGAUCCGGGGCAAAGGGAGGAGAAAGCCGGGUCAGGGGCCGUUGCCGCCGCCGCUCCCGCGGAGUCCGCCUGCCAGCCCGCCAGCCCGCGCUUCGCGGGCCCUGCUUGUCAGGAUCAGAUCAACCAUUGGCUUGCCUUCUACCAUACUCAGCUGAACGUGACAUCUCCAGUUUAUUCAGGAUGCCUGCAGCACUUGUGGAGAACAGCCAGGUUAUCUGUGAAGUCUGGGCCAGCAACCUAGAGGAAGAGAUGAGAAAGAUCCGAGAAAUUGUGCUCAGUUACAGUUACAUUGCCAUGGACACAGAAUUUCCAGGUGUUGUGGUACGACCAAUUGGUGAAUUUCGUAGUUCCAUAGAUUACCAGUAUCAGCUUUUACGGUGCAAUGUCGACCUUUUAAAAAUUAUCCAGCUGGGCCUUACAUUCACGAACGAGAAGGGAGAAUAUCCUUCUGGAAUCAACACGUGGCAGUUCAACUUCAAGUUCAACCUUACGGAGGACAUGUACUCCCAGGAUUCCAUAGAUCUCCUUGCUAACUCAGGACUGCAGUUUCAGAAGCAUGAAGAGGAAGGGAUUGACACAUUGCACUUUGCGGAGCUGCUUAUGACAUCAGGGGUGGUUCUCUGUGACAAUGUCAAAUGGCUUUCAUUUCACAGUGGCUAUGAUUUUGGCUACAUGGUAAAGUUACUUACGGAUUCUCGUUUGCCAGAAGAGGAACAUGAAUUCUUUCAUAUUCUGAACCUUUUCUUCCCAUCCAUUUAUGAUGUGAAAUACCUGAUGAAGAGUUGCAAAAAUCUUAAGGGAGGUCUUCAGGAAGUUGCUGAUCAGUUGGAUUUGCAGAGAAUUGGAAGGCAGCACCAAGCAGGCUCAGACUCACUGCUGACGGGAAUGGCAUUCUUCAGGAUGAAAGAGUUGUUUUUUGAGGACAGUAUUGAUGAUGCCAAGUACUGUGGGCGGCUCUAUGGCCUGGGCACUGGAGUGGCCCAGAAGCAGAAUGAGGAUGUGGACUCUGCCCAGGAGAAGAUGAGCAUCCUGGCGAUCAUCAACAACAUGCAGCAGUGACGGUGGGGCUGCCGUGUGGCCCGACCAGGGCGGUGCCGACUGCCGACUGUGUGUACCUACCUUCCUCUCCGAGAGAAAAUGCUUCUUUUGAGCAGACUGUACCCACCAUCUGCCUUGAGCAGAAAGACUUUUGUUUUACUGAAGACAAAAGAUGUUUUUAUUUUAGAUCCAGAAGAGGGGAGUUUGCUCUGAAUUUGUAAACAAGUCUACCCUGUUCCUCAUCCCCAGGCCUCUCCUCCCCAGUUGCCUCCUGCCACCAGCAUCCAUGGCUCAUUUGACACCUUUUUAAAGAUCGAGGACAAGUGAGAAACAAACUAGUAAAAUGUAUAUAGCUCUUAACCUGUUGUCAUUCUUUUUCUUUUAAAUUUGUUGCUUAUCUCUGAGGAUGAAGACUUGCUGUGAUUCUCAGCUAAGCUGAGGGCUUCCAGGGAAAGUGGAACAAAAUGGCGUUCUUGUUAAGUGUGGGUUAUAGGUGUUGAGUCUUUUCCUUUCUGUUUUUUUGGAUUUUUUUUUUUUUGGUUUUUUUGAGGGGACCCUUCUCAAGGAAAUUUGCUUUCCUCACACUAUGCUAGUCUUUUUUUAUGUACUAUUAUAUAUAAAAAUGAAUUAUGUACUCAGUACUGACAUUUGAAGGCCAGAUAAUGAAAACUUUUCUUAAAAACAAAAUUGUACAGAAUCUGUCUACCCUUUAUUCAUGAGGAACCUCCACAGUGGGUAUUAAGUUAACCACUUAAAUGUCUUUAAGUCAGUGUCCCAUUGUGCCACUGUUUGCUGUCACAUGUGCAUCAUUUGAAAUUACUUUGUUUUCAUAUAAUACCCUGGAUUUGGUCCCGAAGGAAAUUAGUAAUAUCAGAUUUUUGGGUCCUAAGUCUGUAGUGAUUUCAGAUGGUCAACUGUAUUCUCGCACCUCUUCUCUGUUUUUUCCUGCUUUUCCUCUCAGGAAAUCUGAGGAGGAGCUUGGUAGAUGGAUAAAUGUGAGUACCAGGAAUGUGAGUCUUUAAAAAGUUUUAGUGGUUUAUAUAAAUGGCAGUAAGAAAUUUGGUUUAUAGAAUUCUCUUGGAGUAAUAUCCCACUACUGGGAUAGGAAGCUCAGGACUGUGAUCCCCCCCCCCCCCAAACUAGUCAUUUAAAAAGUACACUGUUUUUUUUUUUUUUCCUUUAAAUAACAGUAUGGAUAAUUUUGAAAAACCAAAAACUCCUUUGGAGUGGUGGAAAUGAAAACUGGUAACUCACUGAAGUGGAUGAAAUAGCCUUGCAUUUUAAAAGCUUAUGGAAAAACUCAAUUUGAAAUGAUUCAAAAAUGUCAAGUAUUAUAAGCUGGUAUUUAAGAUGCUUGUAAAUAUAUUUAUGUUUUUAAUUUUGUAUAAUAAAGAUUUCUUUUUAACCACUGG